AUGGCUGGCUGCUGCUGUGCCAAGCCACCGCCACCCUAUUCGUCGUCGCGUAUUCAUCGGGCCGCCGCUGUGCCAAGCAGCCGCCACUACUACUCGCCGCUGACGUAUUCAUCGGGCCGCCGCUGUGCCAAAGCUGCCGCCACUACUAGUCGUCACCUGCGUAUUCAUCGGGCUGCCGCUGUGCCAAAGCCGCCGCCACCCUAUUCAUCAUCGCAUAUUCAUCGGGCCGCCGCUGUGCCAAAGCUGCCGCCAUACUACUCGCCGCUGACAUAUUCAUCGGGCCGCCGCUGUGCCAAGCUGCCGCCACUACUACUCGCCGCUGACGUAUUCAUCGGGCCGCCGCUGUGCCAAGCUGCCGCCACUACUACUCGCCACUGACGUAAUCAUCGGGCUGCCGCUGCGUCAAAGCCGC